AUGUUUUUGAAGGCGAAGCUCCCCACACUCAAUGAUAGAGAGGCCCAGUCGUCGGUGAAUCCACAAGAAGGGCUUACUGUACACCAGCGGCCGCCGAUUUCUUCGCGUAAGAAAUCUGGCCACUUGGGAAGAAACACCUCCCUUUCCGGGCCUGGCCGACCCGCAGCCGUCCUGCCUUCAGCCGCUGCUUCUCCGUCGUCAUGUGGAAUGUCCUCGACUGUGGGCGCGGUGUCCGAGGAUAGCGGUUGUGCGGAAGACCAGCAGUUGGCAAGUCAUGUGGCCGUGCUCCGGCUGCUGGAACCUGGCGAGCGUCUGAAUGUGAUGUACCGAUGUGCCAGAAUCGCUGGGCUUGACGUUCAUGAGGGCCUCUUGCUGUUCGGCAGGGCCUGCUUCUACCUCAUCGAUGGAUAUACUUUAGUGAAUACUCGUGAGAUCGUAGAAAUUGACGCUCUCCCAUCGGGCGUUGUACAUGAGCCGAUUCUGCCUUGCAUCAGUCAACUCUCCACUGCCUCGACGGGUUCGUCGGCCAUCCCAAACACAGACGAAUUCGUCCCUGGGAGAGGUGCGAUGACUUGGAAUACCAGCAGCCUCCGGGCUUCUCGGCGGUGGGGCGCCUCACAGGUUUCUGGCAAGCAGUAA